GGUAUAUUGUUUUCAUCCCUGUGGAUGUACAUGGGACUUAGAACAGCUCUUCCCUUCCCCUCCCUUACAAGUUCACUCCAUCAACAAGCUGUCAUCAUUGAGAGAUAGCAAUAUCCUGGAAGCUCUUCUGUUUCACCCCCUGCUGUUCUCACUGAUAACAUGACAGUUGUAAAUCCUAAAUGGAGUGAUUGAAAACUAGUGUGUGUGUCUGUGUGUUGAUAUUUUGGUGUAUAAUAGCCUGUUAAAAAGGCGGCAUAUGGUUGAUGAGGCAUGGUAUUAAGUGGCAGGAGAUAGCAUUCCACAGACAACUGACCACACUGACGGAAGCUGUAGAAUGGUUAAUAUUUCCUCUGCUCUCCCUCCCCCGCCUGGCCUUCAGUCAGUUGGAUAAUAGCCAUGUGUGUGGAGUAUGUCAGUGGCAUGCUUACUACUGCUGGAUCAAUUGUUGGCCAAUACUGACUGGAGGCACUGCGGUGAUCAGAGCUGCGGAGAGCCCACGGUCUUGACAGCCUUCAGUGAACAGUCAGAGGCAACACAGGGUUUAGGGCAGUUCUGAUUGGUGGUUCGAACUCCCUAUUGGGAACUUUGUCAGUGCAAGUCGUGUGCACACCUCUGGGAUGACAUCAAUGUACUGUGGUAGAAGUUCCAUCUCUUAUUGAUGGGAACAAGUGUCGUCGAGGCCGGGAUGUUCUACCUCUCAGUUCCUCAUUUGUUUCAGCUAAGAAGUUGCUAAGACCAGGCAGGUGUUAAUUCAUUAAACAUUAACGAAGAGCUAAUUAGAUUCUUCCCUUUUCUACACAGCGUCGUGGACGUGUCCAGCACCAUGUUGUCACAGCGGUGCACAUACAGCGGUCAGUGUUGUCACCUAAAUGUUCCAAACUCGGCUUACAUCGAACUGCUUUCCUAUGUCUAAUUGUUGUAUGUGUCACAAGUUUGAUCUUGUGGAUUUUUGUCAUUCCAAUAUGCAUGGCUCUUGAGAAGGGAGGAAGUGAACUCAUGCAAUGGCCAAACUCGCCAAACUAACUGACAUUUUGAGUCACUGAGUGAUAUUCCCCCAACAGAGAUCAUGUUGAACUUUUUCAAAAGAUCCCGGUCGCGAUCUCCUUCGUUUGAGAUUCCCAAACUUUGUCUACCUAGACAAAAACGGUCUACAUCUGUAGACUGCAGUACCGCAAACCUUCAAGUUCCAAUCGAGCCUCAAAGAGGAAGAUCGUCAAGUUUUGACUCAAGUAGCCUACAUGGGGAUGAAUUACUUCAAGUGCCGGUCAACAUGCAUGGCAGACGGUCACAUUCCUUUGACUCUUCCCCUCCCUGGAACGGGGGAUCAUCCGAUGAAAAUAUUUCUGACAAAGAAUGUAGUCAAAGUUUGCGUGUGCCCAGGUAUGAGAGGAGAAGAGCGUCUUUGGAUAUUCCUAAAGUUUGUUUACAUUGUUUACAUAUGGAAAAUUUGAUGAAAGAAAAGGAAAAGGCGGAUGCUGAAAGGUUGGAAAAUGGUGAAAUAUCCAGUGACAGUUCGUCGUUGUUUGACGAUUAUGAUGUUGGGGACGAUGAUGAUGACAAUUCCGCUGACAUUUUUUCAAGUGACACCGAAGGGACAUCAGGUAGCAAGGAGGAAUUCCCCCAAAUUGUUGAAGUUAAUUCCAGAAACAGUAGCUUGGACUCGGAUAAAUUGUAUCGAACAGCUGUCAUGUUGGAGGUGCCGGUCAUUAAACAGCGGUCAUCGUCUAUGGAUGCAGCAUAUAUGCCUUUACAAGUUCCCCAACAGGAAAGUCCCCGAAAAGCAUCACUAGAUGAAAGCUCACUGGAUGUUCCUAAACAAAUGCGAUCUAGUUCAGUUGAUAUAAGUCUCCCCACUGAGGAUAACAGUUCAUACAAGGCCAUAACCAAUAACAAAAAAGCAAUUGCCAAGAGUACCUUCAGUCAUACAAACUACCUGCAUCCGAGUCAUGCGGAGUAUGGCUACAAGAAGAGAGAGCUACGCUCCAACGUUGACUGGACGGAACAGGCAGUCAACAGCGAGCAUCUAUGGGUGGAGACCAAUGCCUCAGGAGACUACUGUUAUGCAAUGGAACCUGAUUGUCUGAAAACUGGCCCCAGGAAGAAGUGCAUAGCGUGCAAGGUCGUUGCCCACACAGCCUGUGUUCCUGUGUUAGAGCAGAAAAACCUGAGAUGCAAGCCAACCUUCCGGGAAGCAGGUGUACGCAAUUACAGAGAGCAAACAUUCAUGCGACACCACUGGGUACAUCGGCGUCGGCAGGAGGGCAAGUGCAAACAAUGUGGCAAGUCCUUCCAGCAGAGGUUCGCCUUCCAGAACAAGGAUAUCAUAGCAAUCAGCUGUUCGUGGUGUAAGGCCGCCUACCACAACAAGACCACCUGCUUCAUGAUGCAGCAGAUAGAAGAACAAUGCACUCUGGGGAUUCAUGCUGGCAUCAUCAUCCCGCCAUCUUGGAUUAUUAAACUUCCCAAGAAAGGUUCCUUCAAAUCUUCACUUCGGGCUAGUAAGAAAAGGAAAGCAUCCUUGAAGAAAAGGCGAAGUAAAGAUGAACAAAAACCAUUUCUGAUCAAACCGAUUCCAUCACCGCUUUUAAAGCCGCUCCUGGUUUUUAUAAACCCCAAGAGUGGUGGCAAUCAGGGGGCAAAACUCUUCCACAAGUUCAGCUGGCUCCUGAACCCGCGGCAAGUGUUUGACUUGACACAAGGAGGACCACAGUUUGGUCUGGAAUUGUUCAAGAAAGUGCCUAACCUUCGCCUGUUGGCCUGUGGGGGAGACGGUACGGUGGACUGGAUCCUGUCCAUGCUGGACUCCCUGGGGAUCUCGCCCCCACCCCCUGUCGCCAUCCUCCCCAUCGGCACCGGCAACGACCUGGCCAGAACACUCAACUGGGGAGGGGGCUACACCGAUGAACCAAUUUCUAAAAUCUUAUGCAAUGUUGAAGAUGGCCAGGUGGUUCAGCUAGACCGGUGGAACAUCAGUGUGACCCCUAACACAGCUGCCGAGCCAGAUGAGGAGGGAGGAGCAGACACGCUGCCCCUCGAAAUCUUCAACAACUACUUCAGUCUUGGUGCUGACGCUCAUGUGUCCUUGGAGUUCCACGAAUCUCGGGAGGCGAACCCUGAGAAGUUCAAUAGCAGGUUACGAAACAAAAUAUUCUAUGCAGGGGCCGGGGGGAGAGACCUGUUGAAGAGGAGCUGGAAGGGUUUCUCCGGCCACAUCAAGGUGGAGUGUGACGGGGUGGACCUCACACAGAAGAUUCAGGACAUGAAGCUCCACUGUCUACUCUUCCUCAACAUUCCACGUUAUGCUAGCGGCACUCUCCCCUGGGGCAACCCGACCACGGUGGGCUUUGAGCCACAACGACACGACGAUGGCUACCUGGAGGUGGUGGGCUUCACAUACUCCUCCCUGGCAACAUUGUACGUGGGUGGUCACGGUGAACGUUUGAUACAGUGUCGAGAGGUCAAGCUGACCACACACAAGUCCAUGCCUAUGCAACUAGAUGGCGAACCUUGUCGACUCCGCCCAUCCGUCGUCUCAAUACGAUUUCGCAAUCAGGCCAAUAUGAUCAUGAAGCCCAAGAGACGAGGAUCAAUGCCAAUAACCAAUGAUCCUGACUUUGCGUUUUUCAGUCCACCUUCGGUUCCCGAACGGUUACGACUCCAAGUGAGUCGAAUCGGCAUGGCAACGUACGAGGCCAUGCACUACGACAAAGACAAACUCCGGGAAGCUUCUAUUCCAGUAGGGUUGAUCAUCGUGGACAACAACGCCGACCUGGAACAGGUUAGAGAACAAAUCAACAAGCUGAACCUGGAUUUCCACAAUGGUGAGGAGGCAUCACCCACAUCUACCCAGUCACUGCAGAAACUCUCGAAGAAAUGGUGCUUCUUAGACUCAACUACUGCAGAAAGAUUUUUUCGGAUUGACCGGGCACAGGAGAAUCUUCAUUACAUCACUGACAUUUCAUCAGAAGACCUGUAUAUACUCGACCCUGACCUCUCACCAACCUCAUUGGUCAAGGCCACGAAUGGAGAAAAGUCAUUAGAAGUCACUGAGAACAAUAACUCCAAGACGUCAAAAGAUGGUGAUCUCAUUUUCAAAUUCUCUCUGCCAGUCACACCACCCAAGUCGCCACGACAGAGUUGCCAGAGGAAAAACAAGAAAAUCUCAUAUUCCCACUCCGAGAGAAUGAAGAGCUUUGACCGUAGCCGCUACACGGCAAAAUCCAGAUGCCCUGAAAUAUUGCCCUUGCAACGCCCGGAAAGCACAGAGAACCUACUUGUACCGCCCCCGCCAGGCUCCAAUAACAGUUCAGAGCCAGGAUCCCCCAACUCCCCUGUGGCGGAAGCGAAGCAUAUUCACUUCACGACGGUGUCGAGUGCCACCGCAGCCGCUGAGGGAAGAACCCACACCAUUACACCGCUAGACAAAUCUCUCAUUGAUGCCUCUAAGCGAGGGGAGAUUCAGAAGUUGCUGGAGAUAUACCAGCGUGGCGGAGAGCUUCUAGCCACUGACCAGUACGGGAUGACCGCGCUUCACCACGCUGCCCGCUUCGGUCACAAAGGAAUUGUCAAGUUCUUAAUUGAGAACGCACCACCUGUGAUAUUAGAUAUGAUUGACCAUGAGAAAGGUCAGACUGCCCUCCACAAGGCGGCGUGGUACCAGCGGAGGACGAUAUGUCACAUGUUAGUGGACGCAGGUGCCUCCCUCACCAGGACAGACUAUCAGGGCAACACACCCCAGCAGCAGGCCCAGAAGGCCGAAGACAAGGACCUGGCGGCCUACCUCCAGAGUAAACCAAGAACACUUCCAGUUAGUUGUGUCUGAGGAUCAGGAAACAGCAGUAUGACCUUCAACUUUUGACCUCUGUUAUCAAGGUUAUGACCCCAUCACCAUGACAACAAGGUCAUUCAACCAAAGAUGGCAACCAAACCUGCUAUGACUGGUGGAGCACAGUGCUCUUCCAGUGUUAUGUGUGUGUGCUGACAAGUGAUGAAUUUCUCAACUGGCAUUCGUACAGCUCGUUCCUAAAUAUUGACAGCUGAAUGCAGGUUAAAUGGAGUAAGAACAUAUUUGGUAGGAUCACGUGAUCCUCCCUUUUUCAACUGUGAUUGCCUAUACGUGGACCAUAAGAGAAACACUGUUCCAUAUGCAAUAUAUUUUUCCAUUAGCCUACAUUUAGAGAACCAAUCAAAUUCCUUGUUGCCCCUUGAUGGGGUUCUUAUGACAAUUUUGAUUGGUGUUUAUCUGUUUUAUAAACUGUACAGCUCCCUGUUGUGUGUUUUAUUUUGUAUAAUGUGCAACUUGUGCAACUGUGUGUUGGGUGUCAAUGGAUGACUUGUUCGACAGACAUUCCACAUCUUUCCCCCAAGCAGUGACACGGGGGUGAAUUCCGAUGGUUGUUUGUUUGUUGAUAUUUAUUCAUGUUUAUUCAUGUUUAUUCAUGUUUAUCAGUUAUGUAUAACCUGUGACAGUGAAUACUUUGAAAGUUAUAACCUUAAAACAUGCAUGGUUUUUUUAUCAUUAAUUUUCUUAUUUCGUGUUUAGGUAAAACCCUGUUUUUCUUUUUUUAUGAUUCCCUGCCAGUUUAAAUAGAGCUGACUCAGCAUUAAUCAGGAUGGGACGUUUUGGUAAAUGAUGAGGUGCAAGACUUCAAGUUGUAUCAGACUUUAAGGAGCUCCAUUUUAUUCAAUUUCAACACCGGUUUUCAAUACUUAAGAUUUACCCAUUUUUUAACAUUUAAAAAAAAACUAUUUUUAUUAAAUGCUCCUGGAACAGCUGACUGUCAUUUAUGCUGUAUUUGUUAUUCUAGCCAAUGUUUCAUCCAGGGUAUCUUGGUUGGCGUAUUGACAGUUUUACUAUUUUAUACGUAUAGUAUAUCAGAACUGACAACCAGUUGAUUGGUUCUUAAAUUACAAAAUUGAUCUAUUUCAACGAGGCAUCGCACUUGUUUAUAUAUGCUGAUGUGUCUGUAAGGCUUCGCCUGUAGUGUAGUCUUGUCACAUGUUCUCGUCGGGUUUUUGUCACGUCGAUCUGAUGUGCGAGCCGUAUUCCCACCCCAAGUAAUAUUAUAAGGCAGCUCUCUGUCUGAAAUGUCCAUGAUUUUAUGAAGACAAUUCCUCAUUCUCUAGGAAUACAGUACCUAGCGCACUGUUAAUGUCUGAAUAAUGAUUUUAACACUACCAAGUGCCUCGUUAAGUGUAAUAUAGCCAAAAUGUGUGUUACCCAACUUGUUAUUCUUCGUCUUGCAGUAGUUGAUUAUAAUUCAGUCUAGAAAGAAAAUCAGAAAUAUUUUUCCAAACAGUAUCAUAUUCCCAUUUUGAUAUUUUCCUCGUCUAGAAACAACAUUUUCGAUUUUUUGAUUUUCUGAAUCAUGCAUUAUGUAAUUUGUAUUGAUAAGUGUUUAUGAUUCGACUGCAAGAAUUUGGGAUAACAUAACCAUAUUGAUACAGUUUUUUUAAAAGCAAUUAUUACUGGUUUCUAAUAUUAGAUAUAUUACAGAAUGUUUCUGUUGACUUUGAUUAAUGAUUUGGUUUUAUUUGUACAAUUAAUGAUUGUCUACUCAGUGGAUUUUCUGAAGGGUUGAAUGCAUGAACUGCGGAAAAUGUGUAUUUGUUUAUCUGAGAUGCGUAUUUCUACUUUGUGAUAUAUCAUGUAUAAUGUGAUGGUGGGUGUCAGUCAUCUGGAAUGAUUGGCAUUGGCACUUUGUUAUUACACUUCCAUAUUUGGCUGGGUAAACAGUCACGCACUUGUCACUAGCCACGACCUCAACAGUGAUUGGUCCAGAGUUAUCCAAUCAGCAUCCACCAAUAAUGAAUGCUACCAAUCAUAUGUCACCUAUCUGAGAUCUAGGGCUGGUACCAUGGUGACCCCUUGCAUGUUGCUUAGCCUUUUGUCUUCUGAUAUUUGAUUGGAUGAUUGUUGAUAAUGAUGGUUCAAUCAUAUGUGUCCUGGUUUCUGAUUGGAUGUAUCCACUAUGUACAGAGCAAUUGACAUUUCCAUGAGGCACAUAAUACCAUAUGUAACUAUUUUGUAUUUAUUACAUUAUUUUUUCAUCUAAAUAUGUUAUUGCAGCGACAUUUAAUCAGAUUUGUAAUAUUCCUGUGUACUUACCAUGUUUGAUAAUAUCAUGAUCUUACUCUUUCACGAAUUUCUUAAUUAAGACAUCUUAAACUAAAAAAAGUGGUUAUUCGGAACAAUUUUAAUUUAUACAUUACAAUAUUUAUAUUUCACUAUACAAAAUUAGAACAGUGGAUAUAACUCCCAUAUUUGACCAUAAAGUAUUAAUAUUUUGCAUAAUACCAUAUUUAUUCUCUAGGCCAGUUGUAUGAGCACAGGUUCCUAGCUUUUAUGUAAGUUUUCUGAAAAUCAACCCUUUGAGAUACAGCAGUUGAUAUAGAAUAUACUCAUGGUAUCUUAGGACUAAAAUACUAGGGUCAUGUUCCACACAUCAGGCCAUAGGAACAGGGCCCUUCGUAAGUCCAUGUUGAAGCAUGGGAGUUACGUUCAUCUUAGCGCUAUGUCCUGAGAUAUUUACAGUUGUCUUAGCGCUAAGAUCACUUUAUGGAACAGGGCCCUUCGUAAGUCUGUGUUGAAGCAUGGGAGUUACGUUCAUCUUAGAGCUAUGUCCUGAGAUAUUUACAGUUGUCUUAGCGCUAAGAUCACUUUAUGGAACAGGGCUGUGGGAACAUGCACACAUGGUUGUGAUUAAUAUUCAGAAUUACAAACUUACAGGUAAAUAAAUAUUCAAUUUGUUUACAUACUAGUGCUGAAAUAUUUUUACAAUUUUGGGAAACAAUUUGACUUUUGUACUAAUGGCAGACAUGGUUAGUUAAAGUUUCAAGAACAAUUUCUCUUUGUGCUCUUGUGCCCAUUAUAAUGGCAUGGGUGAUGAUUUCUUAAAGAUUUUUUGUAAGAGAGUUCUGGAGAUGCACUGAUUGUGUUAUAUACUGAAGCUCACCUGGCGUGUGUGAGGGACAGAGUACACUUGCACUAGGAGGACCACCACAGUGUUUGCCUUCCUCCGAUGAUUCACUUCACCUAUCUGGAUGUGCCAAACUGCUUCUCACUGGCCUCGGUCACCUGGUUGUUGUUGCCAUGGUGACCAUAUGUUUCAAUCACUAUAAGAACCAUCCCUCACAAAAAUAAACCUCUGCAAAGAU